UGCUGACCCGUCGUCUGCAGCGUGGAAUCUGGUGCACUGUGACCAAUUCCUAUCUCUUGAGCUUCUUGAUGGUCGCUUUCCCCUCCUUGAGGUGACCAUGUCAUCGGCCCCAAGAUCACUAUCCUUAAUCGUGAUCGACGCCACCUCUCAAACAAUCUACAAUGGUUGAAUUUAGAGGUCGCAGCGAGUCUAUUUUCGUUGUUACCGUGGUGUUCCUCGGGCUUUCGUUCAUUUCCGUCUGCUUACGAUGCUUUGUGCGGCUGCGACUGGUGCGCGCGUUUGGCUGGGAUGAUGCAUUGAUGGUUCUUGCCAUGGCUCUGGAGGUUUUAUUUGCACUAUGUGGUAUUACCGGAUCGUUGUAUGGCAUGGGCCAAAAACUCGAGUGGCUUGACAAAGACACGCUGGAAACCGCCUUGUUUUGGUGGUGGCUAGGGCAAACAAGCUACGUCGUGACUGUGGUCGUUGCCAAGAUCUCAAUUGCAUUGACGCUCUUUCGUCUCACCGUCUCCCGACUACACAAGAUGCUCUUGUGGUUUGUCAUCGCCAUCUCGAUUAUCGUGGGCCUGGUGUUCUGGUUCAUGUUGACCCUAGAAUGUCAGCCCGUAUCAUACUUCUGGGAGCGUUUCCACUCCACUGGAACUUGCCUCUCUAUCGACUACCUCAUCGAUAUCGCUUAUCUGUAUAGUGUUACGGCCAUGGUCUGUGACUUAAUCUUGGGAUUGUUGCCUGCCUUCUUAGUCUGGAACCUACAAAUGGGCGCGAGGACCAAGGCUGCACUGGCCGGGAUUUUGAGCAUGGGUUGCGUAGCCAGCGCAGCUGUCAUUGUCCGCAUUCCUUUUCUUCCCACUUACAACGACAAGGAGUUUCUUUACGCGACUGCGCAGAUCUCGAUCUGGUCCAAUGUCGAAGCUGGUCUCGGCAUCACAGCUGGCUGUCUAGUUACUCUACGUCCUCUUUUCCGCUGGCUUGGCGACGCCAGCUACGGCGCCACGCGAAGCAAGAGGACCGCUGGUAGCAUGCCUCUUUCAAGCUCGAUCUGCCAUGCAACUCACGCAUCACAGAGCAACGCGACGAAGUACUGGCGCCCGGAUCUCGACCCGGAAGACUCUCAGGGCGUGGUCACGACGAUACAGACUUCCGCCGGGAGCCCACACAGUAGCCAGGAGGACCUCAACCCCAAGCCUAAAGGCAUAAGCGGGGUCAACAUACACAAAUCCUUUGUAGUUACAUCGGACACUGUAUAGAAGAACAUUUAUUGUUGUCGUGCUAUGUCAGUCAUGUUGAUCAUCCGUGCCUGUACGUGGCCUUAUAUUAGUGCUAAUUUACUAUUAUAAGUGCCCGGGCUAUCGCCUUCUUAGAGCCAUCCAUAACAUUUAACAUGUAACACUUAAGAUAGGGUUUUGUACACAUCACUG